AUGUCUACGGCCUCCGAUGCUGCUAUCGUUCAUCUGUUAAGCGGGUACUUGAUUCUCAUGUUCUCUGUGCUUAGCACUUUAUUACGUCGAAAUCGGAGAGACAGGGCAAGAUCAUACCCCAGACUCGCCUUGGUUUUUACGAUCGUACUGAUGUUCCUGAUGUCAACAUCUUUGUGGGCAAUGGAUAUCGCCGAUGUUUUGGGUCCUAUUCAAGCGGUGCUUGUCGACUCCCAAGGCAGCUUUUCCGAGCGCUUUUCGGGUUACAUAUACACCGAGCAAAAUAAUCGGGUAGUUGCCCAAACUUUCAUCUACACAUUUGAACUGAUGUCUGGACCUACUCAGUUUCUGAUCGGUGAUGCCGUCGUUGUGUGGCGAGCGGGUGCUCUAUGGGCUUUCGAUAUCAAGAUUAUAGUUGCUCCUCUGAUCACUCUAACGGCUGGAGUAGAGAUUAACGGAAAUCGCCCAGCCAUGUUUUUCCUCUUUGUUGGAUGCACUGGGCACACUGGCUGGAAGCUCAUAGACGGAGAACAGGCACGAUUGUGCAAUCAUGCGCAGGCUGCAACAUUCUUUCUAUCUUUGGGAACGAAUGCGAUGGCAACAUCUUUGAUUGCUUACAAGGCUUGGCUCCUUCGACAGUCAUUCGCACGCGCCUAUUCUCCACAGCGUGUCAGGAGGUCAAGGACUUUGACGGAGAAAAUCCUAAUGUUGUUCGUCGAAUCAGGCUUCAUUUAUCUUUGCUUCUGGAUAUCGAAAAGCUUCACGUAUUUUCCACUCAGCACCGCAAUCCAGGCUUCAGCCUACUUCGGUUCCGCCAUGCUCAACUCUGCAGGAAAUCAAGUUGUCGGUCUGUACCCGACUAUCAUAAUCGCCAUUGUUGCUCGUCAUCAAACCAACUGGGACGCUCCCGUCGUGUCCUUGGAACCCCUCACUGUCAAUACUGGAAGUAACGUUGGCGAGAUGCAAUUCGUUCCUCAUACAGAAACACUUGCUACUUCCCCCAAAACGCCCGCUUCUGUUCAUGUCCGCCAUUCGGUCGCGUUUGCGACCGGCGAAUUGGAAUCUGAAUCAUCUCAAGCUACAACAUCUCGAGAGAUCUCUUCUAUGAUUUAG